AUGGCCCAAGCCGCCGCGGCCGCAUAUAAGACGGUCCCACCGGAAUUUUGUUUGGACGUGCUACAAACACACUUCAUGAUCGCGCCUGACCCAACAAAACCGCUCGUCUACAAAGUCCAACGACUUAGCCAGGGACGUCGAUUCGCUGUUCGAUCGGUGACGAUCGAACAGGACGGCAAGGCCGAAGUGAGCAUCACGACUAGUUUCAUGAACAAUGCCCCCUGGACGGGACGGAGCAUGACCCAUGCGGUAGGUUUGAGUAUCAGCCAGCGAAUUUCGAAAAUCACACUCGACGACUUUGAAGAAACGCGGGGUCCGCUUGGGCCGUUUAUGAAGUUUGAGAGAUUGCCGCUGGUUCAGCAAGAACCGCCCGAUCCAAGCACAACCAUUGCACCCGUCGUUGCACAAGUCGAUCCACCGAUCAAAUCACCACCGGGUUCUCCAGCGCACAUCCUCGCCAUCAUUCACCUUUCAGACUAUCACGCCAUGGACUGUCCGUUGAGCAUCCAUGGAGUCGACUUUGGUCUUUGGAAGAUCGGUGACAAGACAAGAACCCCCACGCCGGCGGGGAUGAAGAUCAUGACUAGUUUGAAUCAUACGGUUCAUUUCCACGUUCAUGAUGGAUUCCGCGCUGAUGAGCUGGUGUACAUUGAGGUGUCGUCGCCUUGGGCUAGAGAUGGUCGAGCGAUGGUCCAUUCGAGAAUUUUUGGCCGGGAUGGGAUGUUGAUUGCCACGUGUGUUCAAGAGGCAUUCUAUGUUUUCAAGGAGAACUCCAAGCUGUGA